UAACUAGGGUUUCUAAGAUAUAUAUUAUUCGCACCUCUUUUGUGCCUCCAUUUGAAACUCGACGGAGCUCGGUUGAGAAAUCAGAAGAGGUGAGCCAUGGUUAAGCACAACAACGUCAUCCCUAAUGGGCAUUUCAAGAAACAUUGGCAGAACUAUGUGAAGACUUGGUUCAACCAACCAGCGAGGAAGACGAGGAGAAGAAUUGCUCGCCAGAAGAAGGCCGUGAAGAUUUUCCCCAGGCCUACAUCCGGACCCCUUCGUCCAGUUGUUCAUGGACAAACUCUGAAGUACAACAUGAAGGUUAGGGCUGGCAGAGGCUUUUCGCUGGAAGAACUCAAGGCUGCUGGAAUUCCCAAGAAGCUCGCACCCACCAUUGGAAUUUCUGUCGAUCAUCGCCGUAGGAAUCGAUCGUUGGAGGGUUUGCAAUCUAAUGUUCAGAGGCUCAAAACUUACAAGGCCAAACUUGUUGUCUUCCCAAGGCGUGCUCGUAAGUUCAAGGCUGGAGAUUCUGCCCCAGAGGAGUUGGCUAGUGCUACUCAGGUUCAAGGCAAGUACUUGCCCAUUGCUCGUGAGAAGCCAGCAUUUGAGCUUGUUAAGAUUACAGAUGAUAUGAAGUCAUUCAAGGCCUAUAACAAGCUCAGGCUAGAGCGUACAAAUGAGCGACAUCUUGGUGCUAGGUUGAAGAGGGCAGCUGAGGCUGAGAAGGAAGAGAAGAAGUAGAGGGUUUUUUGCUUUUUGGGUUGGACCCUAUUUUCUGAAUUAUAUAAAUUUUGUUGUUGUUAGCUAAGUUUGGAAGAUUUUUGAGUAAUUUUAUGGUUGCAUUGCUGAUUGCACUAUUGGCAAAUUCAUCUUAUUUUGAAGAUUUUUAAAUGAUGUUAUGGUUGCA